CAGAGUGUUGCUGUUCUUCCUCUUACCUGCUGCUCUCUGCAAAACAGCAUGGUUAACUGACUGGCUGACUGGGAACUUAUGGGAAACGAGUCUCUGCUUGAGUAACAGAGUUGGUGAAAUGGCCUUCCGCAGAUCUCCCUCCUCUACCUGUGCAGAGUCAUGGCCUAAUGGUGCAGGCUUCAAGCGAGUGGCCACAGUACUCAGCGAAUCUUCCUCAAUCCAUAGUGAUGCGCUGUGCUACCUGAACAAGGACAUGUCCGGGAUUGGACUGGAACCCAUGUCCUACAGCACCCUGGAGCCUGGACCUUAUAGAGAAGAACCAUGGGCUGAGGAAUCACAAAGUCUGCUACAGCGCAACAGCAUGCAGGUCUCCCCGAGUGAAGACAAGAUCCCAGUCAUGGGAUCAACUUCAGGUCCUCAUGCCAUCGGAGAAGGCCUUUACUUCAGUGACGGCCGACGGAAAGUCGACUAUGUUCUGGUCUUUCAUCAGCGAAGGCACACCUCGAUACGAUCUCCUGCUAGUGCCUCCGUUUCACAAGACCGGUUAUCUAUUGUUUCUAAUGGCAACUUUCCUUCAAUGGCGGCCUCAGAUGUGGCACCAGGUGGAAGUGGUGGUGGUGGUGGUGGAGGCGGCGGCGGCGGCAUUCCAGGAGGAGAGGGUGCGGGCGCCAGCGAGGUGUUCAUGGAGCUUGGCGGAGCAGGAGAUGGCGAGCCAAUGGAGCCCGGUGACCAUGAGAUGCGUCUAAUCAGGCAGGAGUUUGAGGCUAACCUACUAGAGGCUGGUUUGGAGAUUGAGAGAGACAGAGAGUUAAAGAGCCAUGGCCCCAGCUUUACCAGAGUCCACGCACCAUGGCCAGUAUUAUGUCGAGAGGCCGAGUUUCUCAAGAUUAGAGUCCCCACCAAGACGAGUUAUGAAAUCAAAGAGGAAACUGGUUUCGGCUCCAGUAUGAGCACAGUGUGGAGAACGCUGACCAAGCCUUUCCAGCCUAAAGUACCACAUCAAGAUCAUGGACGCACCAAAUUUCUUUCACACUGCUUCUCCAGGGACAAGCUACACUUGUACAACAUCACAUCUAAAGACACUUUCUUUGACAAUUCUACAAGGGGCAGAAUAGUUUAUGAGAUCCUGAGACGGACGGUGUGUGCACGAACCUGUCAAACCAUAGGCAUCAGCACAUUGAUAGCUAAAGGCGUGUAUGACGCUGCCUUCCCUCUUCACGAUGGUGACUACAAGGUCAUCGGACACCUGGAGGAGAGGAACGACAGACAGGUUCUGCAUGAAGAGUGGGCUAGAUACUCAGCCUUUUACAAGUACCAACCCAUUGAUCUAGUCAGGAAGUACUUUGGUGAGAAGAUCGGCCUUUACUUUGCAUGGCUCGGCGUGUACACCCAGCUGCUUGUACCAGCUUCCAUAGUGGGUAUCAUUGUGUUUGGCUAUGGAGUGGCGACAAUGGACACUAAUAUACCAAGUCUGGAGAUGUGUGACCAGCGUCUCAAUUUCACCAUGUGUCCUCUGUGUGACCGAGCAUGUGACUUCUGGCAUCUCAGCACUGCCUGUGGAACCGCCAAAGCUUCACACCUCUUUGAUAACCCUGCCACUGUCUUCUUUGCCAUCUUCAUGUCUCUAUGGGCGGUGCUAUUUCUGGAACAGUGGAAGCGACGUCAGAUCAGUCUGAGCUUCAGCUGGGACUUGACAGGCAUUGAGGAGGAUGAGGAACACCCCAGGCCAAGAUAUGAGACCGUCCUCCUGCAGAAAAGACAGAAGAAGCAGAACAAUAAGAAAAAGAAGAAGAAAAAGAAUGAGCCAGCAAAGCAGGAGGACGGGACAGUGACAGGGAAGGACAGAUGGAGACAAAAACUACUGUCAGCCAUGUCUGCAGGAAUACCGUCUCCUAUAGAGAAGCUGACCUGGAAAGAUCGCCUUCCCGGAUACUUGAUAAAUGUGUCCUCUAUCCUCUUCAUGUUUGCGCUGACAUUUUCUGCAGUUUUCGGCGUCAUCAUUUACCGCAUCACAAUCUCUGCGAUCAUGGCGAUGAGCCCUGACCCGGAGAUCAGGCACAAUGUUCGGGUGACAGUCACUGCCACUGCGGUCAUCAUCAACCUCGUGGUUAUCUUGAUUCUGGAUGAAAUCUACGGUGCUGUGGCAGUGUGGUUAACUGAGCUAGAGAUUCCUAAAACAGAAACCAACUUUGAAGAACGGCUCAUCCUGAAAGCCUUCUUACUCAAGUUUAUGAACGCAUAUGCUCCCAUCUUUUACGUGGCUUUCUUCAAGGGACGGUUUGCUGGACGCCCGGGAAAUUAUGUGUAUGUGUUUAAUGAUUUUCGGAUGGAGGAGUGUGCUCCAGGAGGGUGCCUCAUUGAGUUGUGUAUUCAGCUCAGCAUCAUCAUGUUGGGGAAGCAACUAAUCCAGAACAACAUCUUUGAGAUUGGCAUCCCGAAAUUGAAGAAAUUGGUCCGUACAUUAAAGGAAAAAGAAACGACACCAAAGGCGAGGGAGGAAGAGAAGCCACCUCAGCAGUGGAACCUGGACUAUGCCCUGGCUCCCUUUGAAGGCCUCACUCCAGAAUACAUGGAGAUGAUCAUCCAGUUUGGUUUCGUCUCUCUGUUCGUGGCUUCUUUCCCGCUGGCUCCUCUCUUUGCCCUGCUGAACAAUAUCAUUGAGAUCAGAUUGGAUGCCAAGAAGUUUGUUACAGAGCUGCGUAGGCCAGUCGCUGCACGAGCUAAAGACAUUGGCAUUUGGUACAAUGUACUAAGUGGAAUGGGCAAGUUCUCAGUCAUUAUAAAUGCCUUUGUGAUCUCCUUUACGUCCGACUUCAUCCCUAGGCUCGUUUACGAGUACAUGUACAGUCCGACGGGCACCAUGCACGGCUUCAUUGACCACACGCUGUCCUACUUCAACGUGUCCGAUUUAAAACCUGGCACAGCACCACAGAACUCUGAGCUUGGAAACAUAACUUUAUGCCGGUAUAAAGACUACAGGGAACCCCCAUGGUCUCCAGACGCGUACCAGUUCUCUAAACAGUACUGGUGUGUCCUGGCUGCAAGGCUCGCCUUCGUCAUUCUGUUCCAGAACCUGGUGAUGUUCCUCAGCCUCGUGGUUGCCUGGGUGAUUCCUGAUGUUCCCAAAACCAUCGUGGAGCAGCUCAAAAGGGAAAAGAAGCUCCUGGUCGAUGUCUUUUUACAGGAGGAGAAGGAGAAAUUACAACUCAUCCAGCGGCUGUUUGCCAAGGAUGCCACCCUCCACCCCAGCAGCAACACGCUCCCCCCAGGGCAGGAUCUGCCGAUCCCGGGUCGCUACAGUACUUUACCAUCGGGGCCCACAGCUGGAGAGGACCGAGGAGGAGGAGGGCCAAGGGCAAGAUGCAGGGCAGCCAGUUUCAGCCAGUUCAACAGGAAUAUUGCCUCUUCGCCCAUGAAGGAAAACGAGAAUUCAAAACACACAGCGGUGUGAGAUGAAACACACGUUACGGGGGUGCUUCAGCUGGUUCUAUGGAUUGUCACUUGGGUGACUCGGUCCAUGUAUGUCUUUUCUGUGUCUUUUGUGUCCCGGUAUGUGUGGCUUACCUUUUGAACAUAAAUUUUAAAUUCACUGAUAUGUGAGUGGUUGACUCAGCAAUGUUCACAUUGAUUGACUAAAUGGGUGUGAGCGUGUGUGUGUAUGUAUGUGCUGUUCCUACUCUCACUGACUGUUUACCUGACAGAGUUGUCGUUUUUACUUUUUGGUCAAAAUAGUGAGGCAUACUAGCUUCAUAGCGUAGAGAAGCAAUAAUCAUCAUGUUAGGUUAAACAACUAAAUGUUGCAGGAACCUGGAAGAGACUGGAGAUGAAGAGAGGACUAUGAACUAAUGGGUAGUCUUAAUAAGCAUUUAACCAACAUGAUUAAACUGACAGACAUUGUGGCUCCUCAUUAGGGCUGUCAAUAGUUUCCUGCUUUAUGUGCUUAUGCUAUUCAUGUAUUUUUGUUUACAGAAUUUGUAGCAGUUGAAAAAUACCACAUUUUCUGUACUCUUCUCUUUAGAAUUCAGGAAUACACUUUGAACCCCUUUUUUCAGAAUUCACUAAAAUUGCCACUAAAGAUUGAG